AAAUCACUGAUCUCAGAAUAAUCGCUGAAAGAUGUUUACCUGACGUAUUACUCAUAGAAAAAACCAAAUUAAACUCUGAUUUUAAAACGGAAUCGUUUCUCAUUAACAAUAACAAAAGUCCAACACGCCUGGAUAGGUCUGAAUUGGGAGGAGGUCUUAUGCAAUACUCAAAGAAAGGCAUUAUUUGCAAUAGGUUGCCCAAUUUUGAAGUCUCGUCUCUUGAACUAUUGUGUUAUGAACUCGUAGUUGCAAAAUAGAAAUGGAUAAUUUAUAGUAUUUACCGCCCACCAAAUGCUUAUUGAGGUAUUUUUCGUCUUCAAAAUCACUUGAGAAAAUUGAAAGGAUACAGGAACGCGCGCUAAGAUUUGUGUACAAUGAUCAUAAAAGUUCCUAUGAUGAUCUUCUUACUAGGUCAAAAAAGUGUACAAUGCAAGUUGCUCGUCAGAGAACCCGCUGUAUUGAAAUUUUCAAGACAAUUAGAAAUUUGAAUCCACCUUUUAUGCAUAGCAUUUUUAGUUCAAGAACUUUAAAACAUUCUUCUCGGAAUCCUAACAACUUAAAUCAUUUUCGACCAAACCAAGUAACUUUCGGUUCCCAGAGGCUUGAAGCCAUAUGACCUCAGAUCUGGAAUUUUCUGCCAAAUGAACGAAAAUCAUCUGACAAUCUUAACAGCUUCAAACGUAUGAUAAAACGAUGGGAUGGUCCUAGCUGUAAAUGCAACGUUUGCAAAUAUAAUGAUAUCGAUAUCCUGUAAUAUUUGUCCAUUCAUAUCCAAGUUGCUUCAAGUAUUUAGCUUAUGUAUGUACGUAUUUAUUUCCAUAGUUAUUUCCUCUUCAUAUGUUAUACAAUAGCUUCGAUUUAGAUUAGUUGCAUGUUUAUAUAUCCAUGUAUAGUUAGAAGCAAUAUCGAAUUAAAAUAUGGUUGCAAACAAGCAAACAAAUGGAAUAAUUAUGGUCAGUGAAAACAUACAAGAAGGUGCAUCUGCCAGGUUGAAUCACUGGCCAACCUUAGCCAUUUCCAAUAUACCCUCUUAGUUUAUAUUUUUAUUGAAUAAUGAUAUAAUUAGCUUGUAAUUAGCUAGAAAGUUCAAUUUCAUGGGUUAGCAUGUUUUACAGUGUACAGAGUGGUCAUUUUGUCAUAAGAGGUGAUAAUUCUGUAGGAGUAUUUGAUUUCCUGCUCUUUCGAAAGAAAUUUUUGCGGGACAAAUCCAGUAUUAGAGAACGGUGUCUGUCUAAUCCGGUUUAUGUUUUGAAGGAGGGGCAGUUUUGUCUGUCCAAAUUCAAAAGAGCUUAAAGCGGAACAGAAAGAGAAGGAACUGAAUGGAAAGGAACGGAGUGCAACAGAAGGGAAUGGAACGGAAGGGAAUGGAAUGGAACGGAAGGGAAUGGAACGGAAGGGAAUGGAACGGAAGGAAAUGGAAUGGAAGAGAAUGGAACGGAAGGGAGCAGAAUAAAGCGGAACAGACGGAGAAGGAAGUGAAUGGAAACGAACGGAGUGCAACAGAAGGGAAUGGAACGGAAGGAAAUGGAACGUAAAGGAAUAGAACGGAAGGGAAUGGAACGAGAGGAAAUGGAAUGGAAGAGAAUGGAACGGAAGGAAAUGGAAUGGAGGAGAAUGGAACGGAAGGGAGCAGAAUAAAGCGGAACAGACGGAGAAGGAACUGAAUGGAAAGAAACGGAGUGCAACGGAAGGGAAUGGAACGGAAGGGAAUGGAACAGAAGGGAAUGGAACAGAAGGGAAUGGAACGGAAAGGAAUGGAACGGAAGGGAGCAGAAAAAAGCGUAACAGAAGGUGAAGGAUCAAAGUGGAACAGAACGAAAAGGGUAUGGAGGACGGAAAGAGAAGGAAUGAAACAGAACGGAAGUGUUCGGGACGGAAGGGAGUGAAAGAAACGGAACAGAAACGGAAUUAGAAGACGUAACGAAAAGGAGCAAAAUGCAACGGAAGAAAAAAAGAAUGAACAGGAAAAAGAAAGAUUGGGACUGAAAGGGGAAUGAAAAACUUCUUAAAAAAGCUAACAUGGCAACAGAUCGAAAUCGACAAGGCUUUCACGAAGUCAACUCAAACGUGGAAUACCUCUGUUAUCCAAAUUUCCAUUCCGCCUGAAUAUCAUUUAAGAUUGUUAUGCCGGGCAAGGGCUAUAGCAGAUCCUCCAAUGAUUUUAGGACAAAUUCGAUAAAAUCGUUUUUAACGUUCCAUUGAGUCUGCAGUGUGACGUAAAUCUAAAGCUUUCUGAUAUCUUUCUGUCUGAGUCUCAUUUAUCGUCAGGAUAUCCUAGCGAUCAAUGUCGGAUCAAAAUUCAAAAGGACAUUUCACAUUUUAAACGAAAACCAUUUUUAGAACAUUGUUGCAAACCUGAUAAUCAUAGACAUGAUCAAUAUUUCGGGGGUACAGAACUGGAAAAUGGCUUUGAAAAAAGCAAACCUUUGGCAACAUACUAUAAAAGCUUUUUCGUCUGACUCUCCUCAGAGAAUGAAACGUCAGAAUAAGGGUCCGAAAGAACACGAUGGAAAAUAUAUCAAGUAUUUAGUCAUGAUCAUAAUCAUAACAAUAAAAUAGAGAUCAUUCAACUCCAGUCAGACGCUUUGAUGAGAGAAAACUUGUCGCAAAUAGAGCCAGUUCGAAAAUAGUUUUAGUUCAGAACCAAAACCGGCUCCAUCUAGGCCCUGGACCAGUCGUGCCCGUGUAUACGCAAACCAAAUGGCUUCAUUUAGGACCAGAAUUCUUGUUAGCUAGGGGGAGCUGAGUUUUAGAGCUUUCAAGUUAUCUGGAACCCCUUUGGUUGGGGGCCCUUAGUUGUCAAACCACAGUGUGAUCAAACUAAUGUGCCCUAAAUCGCGUUACGCCACUGGCGUUAGGGUAUGCAAGCGUGAAUCAUCAGCAAAGUCUUUUAAUGUGUAAUCUUGUAGAUUCAUGGUCUAUUCAAAGGUGGUUGGACAGUGGUUGGGCAAUCAGCCCUGAACGCCAUCGUUUUCGGCAUUCAAAGAACAGUUAUGCAUUUCUCAGAACCUGGACUAGGCAGUUAAAUUAUUGUAGGUACCUUAGCAGGGGCUGCACAGACUCUUGUGAGUUGCCCAUUGGAGCUGGUCAAAACAAAGUUACAAGUACAAGGGAAACGAGAGAGACUUGUGAGAGCCAAGAGACAUUUUCAAAGGCCAUUGGAUUGCGCCGCACAGAUCUAUCAUCAGAGGUCUCUGGUUUGCAUGGCGCCCUGAAAGUAACUUUGAUUAGAGAUAUUCCUGCAUCAACAUUCAUCUAGCCUUGAAGAAAGUACAGUGCACGAGAAAUCAUAAAAAGACAGGAGAUAGACGAUUGUUAAAUAAGCCAAAGUCGGAAUGCUUCCAAAGCUGUCAACAUGAUAGCAUUAAAAGCAUGGCCCUGGGGGAGCCGCAAAUCAUGUAGUUAUUUUCUAAUUCAUUUCAUUCAACUGAAAAUAACAACAUUUAUUUAGUAGCUAAUUAAAAUUACUUAUAAGAGUCUUUCGAACAGUAUUACUAGUCACUCUAGCUAGAAAAUGAAAACCUAGACAUAAGUUUGACAUCAAGUAAAAUGAAAAAUCACCACUACUACAGUACAGGUACUCUGUUAUCCUUAGGGGAGGGGUGGGAAGGAAUACUUUUCCGCAAAAUAGCUAUCGGCGUGUGAACUUAAAAUUUCAGUGGUCUGUACCAUUUAUACUGACACAACUUCGCGUGUAAAACAACUUGAAAUAACUAUCACGCUUGCAAUAAAACUCUAUUGUAACCUUCUUAAAGAGUCCGUUCUCUUUCUUUCUCCAGGGACUAAAUAAAUUCAGUAGUUAAGGGUCCUUUUUGGUUCUUCUUUGUUAAUGGUCCUAGGGGUCCUAGGUUCAUAGGGUCUGGUUUUUCCAGUAUGCCAAGUAAACGGCAUUUAUAAAAUAAAUUUAGUCUGCAGGAUAAUAGUCAUCGUGAAGUUGUCAAUCAAACACAUUCUACCUCGCGGUUAUGUUUAUCACAGGAAUCGCUUCUAGGACCGAUUAUGUUUAUGUUUUUUGGAUGAAAUGAACAGCGCAAACCUGCAAACUUGGUUUUUGCUAUCAGUACCAGUCUACAAUUCUUUACAAAAGUCCUUGGAACAUGCUGCGGCCAAUGAAAGGUUUUGAUGAAAUAAAUGUUUCGGCCAUAAGAUACGAAAUAUCCCCCUCCCCCCAAAUAAAUGUUGGUUGAAAAGCCAAAUACUUACCCUGGCUAAUAAAAUGACAUUGGAUGAAUUUCGAGCUUUGAAACUGUUGUUAUUCAACAUUGUUUCAAGGAGGAGAGGGGAUACAACUGAAGUUGUGCGAAAUUUUAGCUUAGUGUACCAAGACUUUUGGCAAGAAUUGUUUGUCAUCCACAGUCUGAUUGUAGUUUGUAAAUAAACCUAUCAAACUCUGAGCUGAAAGAUGUCCCUCACAUGUUCUAAAUUGUAAAAAUAGCGAGCCUUGGCAAAUUUCUCUAGGCCAAAUGUCAUCUACACAUUGGCAAGGAUGAUAGGAAAAAUGCAUUUUUUAGUGAUUCUUUUAAUCACAUGAAUGCUUCAUAAACGAAUGCUUUAAGAAUGUUUUAUGAAAGUUCAAGCCAGACGUCUAUAUUAAGAAUUCAAAGAACACAUGUUAUACUCAAGUUUGAGAGAGAAACUUGCGAGACACGAUGUCAAUUAUCUCAGUUUGGAGACCAUUUCAAAGAUUCCUACAUUUGGCAUCAAGGGAUAAGUUUUUCGAAUCUUUUUUGGAGAUUUUUCUGGGAGCUUUCCAUAGACAGUUUUACUAUCACAGACCUAUCCCUUUUAUUGUUAUUAGCUCAUUUAAUUGAAUUUGCACGAACAGUAGGCUUGGAACUGAAGAUACGCGACAAUGAGCUCGAAGUAGUUCAAAAGACAAAGUACCUUGGAGUGCAAAUCGAUUUGGAAAGAGCAAAUUAAGGCAGUUUCCACCAAGGUCUCCAGGGCGAUCGGCUUUUUGAGACAUGCUAGAUCCUUACUGCCUAUGGCAAGUUUGAAAACCUUUCACUGGUAUUGUGCAGCCCCACUUUAGAUACUGUUGUUCUGUCUGGGGUUGUGCUGGGUCUACAGACAUCGACUAGUUACAAAAACUUCAAAAUCGUGCUGCUAGGAUCAUAACAAAUAGCAGCUUUGAUACCCCAAACAGACCACUUACUGCAGAGUUGGGCUGGAAGACCAUUGAAGAGCUCAUGGGCAAUAAGACUAAAACAAUGGUCUUCAAGUUGCUCUAUGAUUUGGCUCCUCAAUACUUGUGUAGCCUCUUCACCAAAAACUCAGCAUGCUCCUCCCGCAGCCUCCGGAACACUGAGACUGAUUUAAGGUUGCCAAAGAAAAGUUCAGCAAAUGGACAAAAAUGCUUUUCUUUCCGGGGAGCUAAACUAUGGAAUAGCCUUCCUGCUGAGACCAAGACGACAUCCUCCCUGGGCGGCUUCAAAAAAUCAAUACAGGGUUGACUAGUUCUUUUUAUACUGUAUUAUACCAUGUAAUUGUAAAAAGGUUUUUAAUAUUAUGGUUUUUUUUCUAGCAUUUUAACUGUAUAUUGUAAUUAGUUUUUAUUGGAGGGCCCCUUGAAAAACAACUUCCGUUGAAGGGCAACCCUCCUUAAACAAAUCAAAUAUGAAAUAUGAAAUAUAUAAAAUAUAAAACUACAGUUGAGAGAUUUGGUAUUGAAAAAACAGAUUGCAGUAACUACCUGUAGACACAAAAAGCUGAUGUAAGAGCAUUCAAUAUUGAAAAAGAGAAAAUAACCGUAACAAUGACUUUUAAUCUUUAUUGAGUUCUUUAUUCUUGAAUAUACGUUUAAACCUAAACAAUUUUUCCAAUUCUUUUAAAAAGCUAACGUGAUGAUUGGACAAUUUUAUAAAUAAGAACAUUGUAUACUAUAGUUAUCAAAUUUGAUGGGUGUGGUCACUAAAAUUUUCAAAAAGCCACACCCAUUUUUUUCAUAUUUGCAUUGAUAAAAAUUCCUUUAAAUAAACCCUGCACAAAAUAUGCUGAAAUGUUUUGAAUUAAAUGAAAGUUUGAGUUAUCGUAGUUAUCAUCAUUUGUCCCUACCGUACUAAAGAACAUAUUUUCAUUUUGAUUUUGUCAAAAUAGGAGAUGAAAAAUUGUGUCUUGUGUGAUGUCAGCUGACUGGAAGUAAUAAGGGAUUACUUAAUGUUGAAAACAAGCUGAAAUUUGAGCAACAAAGGGAUUCGGCCGCAUGAGUAGAACUUAUGCCAGAAAUAUGAUCUUAUCCACCGCUAAUCUGUCUUUACAAAAAUUUCCUGGACAGCAUGGAUGGCCUUUUAGGUUUUAGGCCAUCGUGUCAAUACUAGUUCCUGACAACAAUAGCCCAUUAACUUUGAGACAGGUUUCUCUCAUUUCUCUGCAACACGCGCAUGGGUAUACUGUAUUUCCUCAAAUGAACACUGCCCUCUGAUAAACGCGGCCCUCUAUUGAACGCCGCACCUUCAGCGAACCAUUUUAAAAAUAAACACCCCCUGAUAAACGCCGCCCUCAUUUAAACGCCGCAUCUUGAGAAGCAGCGUUCAUUAGAAACCACAUCAAAGAAGAAGUAACGCAUAGUUUUGAAAUUUGUUGUGUCAGUGACGAGACGGGGAUAUUAACACACUUUGACAUUUCCACAACACUAACACAUCUUUCGUGACAUUUAUUACGUGUUUUGGAGGAAGAAAAAAUUGCCUCAAGUCUGUUUCUAUCGUGUUACGUCAAAGCUCUAAAUAAGAAGUUCUAAUGAUUAAAGAUGGAAAAUAAUAGAAAAUAAUAAAGAUAUAAAUUUGCAGGAGAAUUCUUGAGGUUUUCCCAUUUAUUAAGCGAUGUAAAUGCAAUAUCACAAAAAUAGAGCUUUGAAGAUAUGAGUGUCUGCAAGUUUAUUGCAGUAGAAAACUUUUUAUUUGCACAAACAUGAAAUAUUUUGUUAAGAUAAAUUCGGAGGUACUUACUUGUGCUUGGGUUUCUGAGAAUAUUAGAUCAGAUGUUCAGCAUCUAGUCUUGGUCGGAAAUCUUUGGUGCUCCAACUGGCUUAAUGGCAGCGGAAAAUAUGUUCUUUAUUCAGUCGGUAAAAUAUAUCACAGUUGGUCAAAUCGAUCUUUUCCAAAUUUCAUCUCCUCACAAAAGACAAAUUUUCUGCGUUAAACUGUUGCACUCCAAUGCUUCAAUGUCAUUAGAAUGUGUUACUUCCCACGUACUGCCAAGCCGAUAAUUAUUAUCCUGGUUCUCUAACACUAACUUUGUCAUUGUUUUUCUGACCAUUCAGAGCCUGUUAUGAAAGAUUUUGAUUAAAUUUUACAAAGGUUUCAAAACUUCGAGACUGUGCCAUAAAAAAGGAAAAAACUUACUUUAUAAAAUGUAACUUUUCGAAAUUCUGUUGCCAGUUGUUUGAGGUUUUGUUUGAUUUGUUAUCAACUAUCAAUUGAUGCCUAACGUUGUCGUCUUUGAAUUCGUAGAACAGGCGCAAUACUUCUGUGUUUAUGUAAGUGUUUAUGUUUUUUGCUAUGAACUGAUUUUUGCAGUUAAUGAACUGCCUUAAGGCUGAAAUACACUAUGCGUUUGAAUGGAUUCGAUUGAAUGGAUUGCUGGAAAAUGGACAGUGUAAACGCAAAGUUGGAUUUCAAAAUAGCUGUUUCUUUGGGACACAAGAUCGCCUCUGUAUCUCAAAAGAGAUGCAAGACAAACAAAAUAACGAGCCUUGCUGAAAACUUUACGUAUCUUUCCUGGUAUUGCCUCUUGCAGCCUUGUGCUAUUUUUUUAAUAUCAAAAUCAACGAGUUACAAGAGCUCAUCGAUAUUUUCGCGAAACAUUUUUCAAGAACAUUUGAUAUUCGUCGACUUCUUCCAGACGGAAUUCUUGCAAAGACGUGUUAUCAAUUCCUAGCUCAUUUUUUCGGGUCAACCGGGGCUUAACCCAGACGAAUCUUUGUUGCCUAUUUAAUUUUUUGCGCAUACAUUUUCAUUAUUUAUAAACAAUUGCAAUCAUGGCGGAAACAGCAGCACAGUUAUCAUCAGAGUCAAUGAUGAAAUGAGGCGACGCUUUAAAAAACUGAUUCAAUUUAAUGAACGAGUGUAAACGGAGACAUUUUUUCAUUUAAAUGGGCCGUCCAUUUAAUUGAAUCCAUUUAAAUGCACAGUGUAUUUCAGCCUUUAUCCAAUCCAUGAAUUUGCUUCAUGUUACUCCGAAUAUGUGUUUGCCCCAUAUUGUAACAACUAACAUUAAAGAAAUAAUACAAUACAAUACAAUGCAAUGCAAUGCAAUGCAAUGCAAUGCAACGCAAUGCAAUGCAAUGCAAUGCAAUACAAUACAAUACAAUGCCAUGCAACGACUUCCAGAAUGACAUCAACCCAACACUUUCAUCCACUGACUGUAGUAUUCACAUCACUACAAACAAGCUAUGGAAUGUUCUUAUUAUAAAUCAAUCUUAGGCUUUCCUAUUCUUAUUGUUCUUAACUUUUACUUUUCAUAAGGAUUGCAUUCUUAUAAAAGCAUUUUUUAAAGAAGAAACUGUAUUGCCAAACAAUAAGAUUUAACAUUAAUUUCAUUAUACACUUGAUUUGGUUGAUAUUACUGUACUUACCAAAGCUGAUAUUUUAGGCCCGGUAAAUUCCUGUUUUCGUUGUAGUUCUGCAGUAUUCAUAACUCAGUAGUGAAUAAACAUUUCUAUUGCAAUUUUGUUUUAUUCAGUGUUUGGAGACAAUGCACCGAAAGGCUGAUGUACUCUACCUACAAUAACAGAGCUGUCAAUGGUCAAGAUUUUUGUGGCUUGACCUUGGCAAUCUCGAUGAGUACUCAUCAGCGGGAAGCUACCCUGGGUACUCCCGUACCUUGGGUACCAGGGCCUCGUGAAUCAAGGGAUAAAGUAUCGUAGACAGCAGCGGUAGCAAAGAAUGAGUGGAUACAAAAGAAGGAGAAGGAAAGUGCUCAAAACAUUCCAUACUUGCUCAAAAAUAUUUUCUGUGACUAGUUUUCAAUUAUAUUUCUGAGACUAAAUAAUAAAGACUCUGGUACCGAGGAUACAGGGAAACCAAAACGUUCUUUGGAGGGGUAGAGAAAUGAUUUUGGCCAACAAAAAGGACGUGUUUCACUCUCUAAAGGUGUAGUCAUAAGAUGAAUAAUUUUAUAUGCUAUUUUCACGCAUAUCUAUUUUAAUAUGCAGCAUUCGAAAAAUUCAAUUUCAAAUAUUUUUUGAGGCAUACUUUGAGCUGCUACAGAAAUGUUAAAACGUUAAAAUUCUUACAAAAAGGUUACAAUAACAAGGUGAUGAAAAAGUGUUUUAUUUUGCUUGACAAAAAUUAUUUAUGUGCUGACGGAAAAAGUAUUGGGGGUACAAUAAAACGCCCCCAUACCUUUUCCUCCAGCGCGCACCUGCUACAGUGGUGCCUUGGAAGGGGGCUCAGCCCCCUUCGUCAUGAAUGAGCAAUAAUUUCUAUACGCAACAGAAAGUCUAAAACAAAAAUGCAAGUAUAUUGAGUAUGAUAAGGGUGUGGUUGUGGGUAUGGCCUCUUGAGUUACUCACAGCACAGCCCCUUCUUUCUAACUUUUUAGGAAGGCACCUCUGACCUGCUACUACUCGUUUUUUUAGAAACGGACCACUUUGCAAGUAACCUACAUGUAGAAGGUAGAAAAUUAAAUAGCCGUUAGUACCAAAGACAAAACCCCCAAGGAACUUUUCAAUUUUGAAUAUUUCAAACAUUUCAAACAAUCAAGAAUUAGGGAGCCGGUUCCAUUCACAAGGAAUUAAAAAUCACAUAAAUUUUGUGCCAAGAAGGUAGCCAUUGUUGUUUUAUAGUGUAUUGAUCGAUUUCCACCUUUUCAUAAAUCGAGCGUCUUUCUAGUCUUCUUUCUGUUUUCACCUUAUUUCCUAACUACAGUAUUAUGUGCAGUUUUCAUGGCACCAAAUGUGCUUUCAAAUUAAGGAACUAUCAAGGAACUUUAAGCACUUCAAUUCUAUCAAAAGAAGUCAAAAGAUAAUUGUCAAGUAUGGGAAUUGGCAAGUUCAAAGUUCAAAGCUAAACUGUAAUAGUUAUGCUUGCUUAUAAAAGUAAGGAAGUUUAGGUAACUGGAGGCGAAUAGCAGGUGUUAUAGAAAAGACAAUAACUAUCUUGCGCUCCCCCUGAACUCUCAGAUGUUUUGAAUUAAGUUUACCUUCCUUCCAGGAAAAAGCCACACCUUGACCUCCAAGUUUAAACAUAAAACCAAUUUCAGGAUUUGCACAAUUACCAGUCUUCAACUUGCACACAAAAUAGUGACAUAAAUGAACUAUGGAACAAGAAGCGCCCCAAGCCAACAAUACCAAAGGUUUUUAUAUCGACUUUGCAGCUGGUUGUUUCGGAGGUGUCUGUGGAACAAUCGUUGGCCAACCGUUUGACACAGUCAAGGUGAGACUCCAAACCCAAGGACAAGAAAAAAUCUACAAAAAUGGCAUUGAUUGUGCAUUCAAGAUUAUCAAAACAGAAGGAGUAGCUGGCCUGUUCAAAGGUCUCACCCCACCUAUUGCUGGCCAAUCAGCUAUAAACGCCAUCAUAUUUGGAGUCCAAGGAACAGUGAUGCGUUUUUUGGAACCUGGCUUAAGAAGUGAAAUAAUUGCAGGCUGUAUGGCUGGUGCUGCACAAACGAUUGUCAUUUGUCCUGUUGAGUUGAUCAAAACAAAGUUGCAAGUUCAAGGGAAGGGAGAGAGGCUGUCAAAAAGUCAAAGAAAAUUUCUUGGACCACUUGAUUGCAUUGCCAAGAUCUACCGUCAAGAAGGUUUGUUUGCUUUGUAUCGCGGUAUGAAAAUAACUCUUAUCAGAGAUAUCCCCGCAUUUGGCUUGUACUUUGGAUUGUACCAUUCAAUGCUAACAUUUUGCACGCCAGAAGGAAAGACCUUUAACGAUUUAGGCCCUUGGACAGUCAUGGUUGCUGGUGGGAUCACCGGUAUGGCAUCAUGGGUAUACUCAUACCCAACGGAUGUAAUCAAGUCGAAAAUUCAAGCAGAAGGCCUCAAACCUUUGGGAAAGUAUGAUGGCUAUUUGGAUUGCAUCAGAACAAGCAUCAACAGUGAAGGAUACAGAGUUUUUGUUAGAGGAAUGUCAGUUUGUGUAAUCAGGGCAUUUCCAGUCAAUGCUGCUACAUUUGCAGUGGUGGAGGGUUCGCUGAGGCUAGUACAUGCUCGAAGAGAGAAAUGAUUCAAAGCAGUUUCAACAACAAAAACAUUUAUAAGAAAUGACUCUUGUUCAUCGUAAGUUUUAUAUUAUUGUGAUUUUUUCUUUAUUGUAAUUAACAAUUCAAAAUUCAAAAAUCACUGGUGCAUAUUAUCAUAAUCAAAGAUAUACCAAAAAUCAUUUUUUAGCUGUUAUUAAACAGAUACUCAACAUCAGAAAAUAAGAGUAAAAAAAUAUGAAAUACAAUGAUAAAAGCAUAAAGUCAUGAAUGUUAAGGCCAUCAAAAAUUGCGAAUUAAUUUAGCGGGUUUUUAGUUGUUCAAAUCUAGGACAAAAAAAGACAAUGGCUUGAAAACUGAAAGUCUUAAUGUAAAAUUUUAUUGGCUUAAUGUCCGAAUCACUUUCCUCACUUCCUGAAGCUGAUAUUAAAGAGGGGCAAAAAGUAGGGUUAUAAGAUUUGAAAAGCUGUUCAAGUUUUGCUACCAAAACUAUUCUGGUAUAAAGCGUGAUAAACAAACAAACAAACUAACAAACAAAGCAAAAAGAACAAGCGAAAGGACACAUUUUAUUGUCUUUUGACACUAAUAAAAGUGGAAAAUACCAACAUCUUUUACAUUAGACUUCGAGGGAAAAAAGGUUAGAAAAAUUUAACAACAACAAUUUCCUUAAAAACAUUUCCUUACAAGCAAGUGCACCAAUUCGCUCAAAAACAGCAGUGAAAGGAAUUCUGAAAUUAAUUCACCGUGACUGUGAAUUGUGCAAAAAUCUUGCGCUACCUAUGAUGCAAAAAACAGCAAUAGACACAAACAUUGGCAGUUUUAUAGCCCGUUUACACGGAAAAGUGAUGAAAGUUGUUCAAAUUCAGUGGAAGGUUAAGGACUUGAUAAGAAUUUUCAACACGGAAAUUUUCUUAGCGAAAUGCCUCAUUAGUCUUAAAAAACUGGAAACGAUUGCUGCUUUUAUUGUCUUGUUAUGCAAAUAAAACCGGAUUAUGCCAAAUUUUUGAGCAUUUAAAUUUUGUGGAGGAGUAAGGAUAAAGGCUCUUAAAAAUUAAUGUUCUAUACCAAAGGUUUCUUGCUGAAAUGCCUAAUUACGCUUAAUACAAGACUGGAAUGAACAAAUAGUAGUUUUAUUAUACUUUACACUGAGAAAAUGAAUGAUUACGAUAUUUUUGAGCAUGCAGAUUUUGUGUAAAAAUCUUUAGGCUAUAGACUUUGAGAAAUAAGAGGUUUCUAUUCAAACAAUCUUUGGAAAAAUAGUUGAAUAUGCCUAAAACAAUAGAAAAUGAAGCAAGGAUAGUAAUUUUUAAUGUCUUUUUGCACUGAGAAAAUAGAAAAACAUGAUGCCAAUAUUUUUGUGUAUUCAUAAUGUGAGGAAAAGAUAGGGUUAUAGGCUACGAAGAUGUUUUGUUCUCCAAGUCAUCAUUUUCCGAUGAAACACUUUUUUACGCUUAAAACAAGACUUGAAAAACAAAUGACAACUUUUAUUGUCCGUUUACGGCAAGAAAAAUGACUAAAGCCAAUACAUUUGAACAUUCAAUUUUUAGGAAAAAGUAAGGCUAUAGGCAUUGAAAAGUAAGGCUUUUUAUACAUACAUUGUCUCGGUGAAGUGCUUUUAUACGCGUAACCCUUUGAUGCAUGAUGUUGUUGUGGAACAACAAAUUCAUUUAAUGUCAUUCCAAAGGAUUUUCAGAAAAAAAAUAUUUUUUUGCAAAGAGGGUCCCACAACAACAACUUUCAGCCAAUAAAUAUUUUCUUCGAGUCUGUAACAAAAAUUAAUUAAAACAAGACUGGAAACAGGCAAGUGGCUGUUUAUAUUGCCUUUUUACACCUAGAAAAAUGGAUAAUACUAACAUUUUUGAGAAAUGAAAAUUGAGAGAGAAGUAAGGCUAAAGGUCUUGAAAAUAAGUGUAUCCCGUACCAAAAUUCCCUCGUCUUCAUGAUUAAUUCACUUCAAUGUGAUAAGAAUGAAUAGGAAUUGAAGUUAGUUCGGAAAAGAACUUGAAACGUCUUGUUAAAAGAAAUUUAUCCUUUUCGGAAAAAACGAAUUUUUUGAUGGGUAGUCAUUUGAUCAAAAAUAAAGCCAUAGAUUUCAAAAUAUCCUCCAAUAUUCUCAAAUUCUUUCCUUCAAGAAAGAGGUUUAUUCGCCUCUUUUUGAGAAAAAUUUAGAAGAAAUUGAAGAUAGUUUUCAAUAAUAGUCGACUUUUGAUUAAAAAAGUAAGCUGGCAGGCAUAUUAACUAUCGUCAAAUUAUCCGAAACCAUAUCCCUUUUUAGUUUUGGAAUCAAGUGUUGAGUUGGAAUUAAUUAGAAAUAUUUCAAAGAACAAAGUAAAAAUAUUAGCUUAAAAAAACUUUUCGUCUAAAAAGAGAUUAAUUUGCUUCUUUUCAACCAAAAUAUACAAUUAUCUAAGUGAGUAAAUAAAAGCUUUCAUUACAGGAAAGUUUAAGACUGGUCAAUACCUCAUUAAAAAGUAAGUCUAUACGCUUAGAAU